AUGGGUUCUAACACUACUUUUAAGGAGGGUCUGAUUUUAAUUCUCCGCGACUUUGCUCAAUGGACUUCAACACAUGCCGUCCCACACAUGGCGAUGGCAGACAAGGUGUGGAUCUUCCUCUUCUGGACUGUUGUCUUCAUCGCGUAUCUGAUUAUUAUGAUUUUCUUCAUUUAUACGAGUAUUGUCAAGUUUCUCGACUAUCCAACCGACCUGACAUCGAGGUUGUUCUCCGCAAAACAAACUUUUCCUUGCAUCACAAUUUGUAAUCAGAAUCCGUGGAAGUUAUCGAAUGUUCAAGGAACCCCAUUAGAGAACUUGGUAAGCUCCUUUGGAACACUGGAUUACGGUAACCGAUCGUCACAGGUAAACGCGUAUAAAGCCGGUCAACGGAACGAUUAUUAUGGGUUUCGUUCGAAGCCAUUUACCGUUUAUGAGGCCAUCAGGGCGACAAGAUGGACAAGGUUCAUGUACGAAGAUCUGAAGCAACUUGACAUUGAGGUAGGCCCAUCUUUCUAGUUAUUACGCCAUCUUUUUCGGACUAAUGGAUCCAUUGGCUAUUCCUUUGAUGAUCUCAUGAUCCGUUGUGAAUUCCUUCAAGAGCCUUGUAACUUUACGUAUGUCACUGAUUUUGAGUUAGCAACUACUGACAAUCUUUUUAGUGAUAAUAUGAACAUAUUCUACGACCCUUAUUAUGGUCGAUGUCAUACGAUCAACAGUGGGUUUACCUGGGAGACGAUCAGAGCCGGACCGAAUAACGGGAUGAGGAUAUUUUUUCGGUCAGUUGCCAACGAUUCUUUGCCGUGGAUGCAGACGAACGGGAUUGUCUAUUAUGUUCAUGGAACGGUAAGUUGACUUACAAUAGCGCUUUUCAAGGGCUAAUCAUAAUGAAAUUUUACAGGCUAUGUUUAGGGUAUAGUUUCUUUUGAGUAUUUCUAGAGUAUUUUCUCUAACCUUACUGUAAUUACCGGUCAAGUUUGUUGUGCAGAGUUUCUACUAUAUGAACACUCUCUUUCCUCAAAAUUGUGUUACAGAAUGAAACUCCCUUUCAAGAUGCCUUUGGCUAUUUUGCUCAAAUCGGCAAAGCUUCUUCGGUUGGAGUCCGGUACAUCGAACGAGUCAAACUUCCCGAACCCUACAACACAUGUGUCGACAAAGAAACCGGCUCUUCCAAUUACUACGGCAAUAAUUACGAAGUUGAAGCGUGUAUUCGGAGUUGUAUUCAAGACCGUAUUAUGACAGAUUGUGGUUGCUAUGAUCCUCAGUUUAAUUUUCCGGCCAAUACGAGUAGUGUGUCAUGUUAUAAGAUGGCCAAUAUUAGCGGUUCGAGUAAGAGCAUAGGGGUUUUUGAAAAUUGUUUUUUAGUGGAUUGCGCUGAUAGCAUUAUAAACGCGAUUGACACGGAGUUUGCGGACGACAAUAACACUCAAUUCACAAUUAAUAGCUGCAAUUGUCCGCAAGCUUGCAAGUAAGAAACAGAAAUCAGCACAGCUAUUGGUUUACCAAUAUAACUGGUUGCUUUUAGCCAGUCGUACUACCAGAUCUCAAUGUCUCAGGCAAAAUGGCCUUCCAAAAAUUAUACGGUAUGUUCCAAGCGACCGUGUUGAAUUUGUUGGUUCUUCAGCCUCGAUCUUGCCUUACCAAACCGGUUUCUCAAUACUGGACAACCCGUUCCGAGUGUUUCUCAUGGUAUGAAAAGAAUACAUUACUUUUGGAGAUCUACUUUGAACGUACUUCCUAUAGAUCAAAUUUGGAGAAGGCCUCUUAUACAGUAUGUUUACGUUUUCUAGACUAUGUGAUGUGUGGUGAUUUUAUGAGAACAAUUCGUAGUCACUCCGCCACUUUCAGUGGGUCAGUCUUAUCGCGGACAGCGGUGGUCAGCUCGGGCUAUGGCUGGGAAUGAGCGUUCUGUCUUUGUUUGAAUUCGCCGCCUUAAUUUAUGUCCUCGGGUCCUAUUUCAUCCGUAAACCGCCCAUGCCAACAUUGGAAGAUUACGAUUACUGGAAAGAAUUUGAUCAGCAGGUAAGCAUUAAUAAUUUAUCUCCGGUGAAAAUAAUUUAUUGCUGCGAAUUUUUUUAGAUCCUUCUUGACCAAAUAUACCAAGAUAAUGAGGCGUUAUUUCCGCCGAAAGUUCAAGAAGCCGAACCAGUUCGGCCUGUGUCCAAUUUGAAGGAAGAUGUCGCCGGGAAUCCUAAGGUGUCUGAGAUUGUAAUGACGAGUCAACCAGUCGCUACCACAGUCCGAUAA